GCAGCCGGCCUGACCGGUGGCUUGCUAUACUUGCUCAUUAUUCCCGUCUCCCAACCUCAAGACUUGAAUUCCUUUCUUACGUACCUUUCCUUUUCGAUUUAGAAGAGAAAAAAAAAGACAUACAGACAGUACGGAUGAUGCUUGAUCGAGUAGCUAGCUUAUAGGCAGCCUGCAAAUUAAUCAAGAUUCUUCUUUUCUUGCCAUCAAUCAAUCGACCGGCCCAUAUAUAGCAGCUGUGGAGGGGUUGAUUCUUGCUCGUGAUGGGGAAGCAGCAGCAGGUGCAGGGCCGCAGCUGCAGGUACGGAUCAGAGCGGCUGCUGUACCCUGUUGUUCAUCAGGUGAGCUCCGGCUCCGGCGCCGAUCAGCUGGCGGACCUCGACGAGGAGGACGUCUGGUCCGUGCUCGACUGCUCCACCCGCUCCAGCAGUAACACCAACACGCUGCUGCAACCAGAGCUGCAGGAGCACCGUCGAGGCGGCCGUCGCGUCACGGCGGGCGGCCUGUCGCUGGCGUUCGAGGCUGCUGCAGGAACGCGCCACCAGCAACAGCAGCAGCAUCAGAAUGUCGUGGGAGGGGCGGCGCCGCUCAAGGUGCCGGCCAAGCAGUGGCUGCUGGGCGGCAGGUCUUCGUUCCCGAGCAGCAGCUGCCGCGAGGAGGAGGAAGCUGCGGACUGGGUGGCGCCGCACGAGUACCUGCAGCAUGCCCGGCGCGGGUCGUCGUCGGUGUUCGAAGGCGUCGGGAGGACGCUCAAAGGCCGCGACCUCAGCCGGGUGCGCGACGCCGUCUGGAGCAACACCGGAUUCCUCGGCUAGCUGAUUCAUUAAGCGCUUCUGCACUUCAUCCCUGAUCCAUCGUGUGCUCUGUCUCAAUUGCUUGCGAGCUCGUCGGCAUCGCCGGCCGGGCACCUGCUAGCUGGAUCAGUAAUCCCUCUCGAUUGCUACCUCAAUUGUGAUUGCUAUUUAUUAUUAUUAGGUCGGGAAAAGAUGUUUCUUUAGUGAAUUCUAUAGUUUGCUAGCAGUGUAUAUGGGGUAGCUGCUGCAAGGCUGCAUGUACGAAUUUUGGUCUCCCGACGAACCACCUCCUGUCUGAAUCAUGUUGUAGUUCCUUCCACCGGUUGCUCCUAAUUUUCUCUGUCUGCUAGUGCUCAAUUAAGGUCGAAUUCGUAAUGUUAA